AAGAUAAAAGUCCUCUUUCUCUCUCCUCCUCUCUCUCUCUCACUAAAACCGCUCAUAUAUAUAUAUAUAUAUAUAUAUAAUCGUUGCAUGUUGAGUCUGAAUUGACGAUCGGUUGGUGAUUAUGUCGAUCGCGUUUGAGAGUACUACAAGCAGUCGGAUCGAACGGCCUGGACUGCAUCACGGGAUGCAACAUGGAACUGUUUACGAUUCUCCGGAUUCAGGAAGAACAGUGUUCGGUAAUUUUCCUGGUGGAGAUCGGAGACUGUCGACGAAGAACUUAGUUGAAGAUCGACUUGGUGGAGGAGAAGAGGAUUCGACUAGUUCGUCUUCGAUUGGAGUUAACAGCGAUACAUCUGGAGGAACGGAGUCAGAUGAAGGUCAGAGAGAUUCUGAUGAGGUUGAGGUUCAGAGUUCGUUUAAAGGAUCUUUAGAUACUUUGGAAGCCUUGGAGGAAGUCUUGCCGAUCAAGAGAAGUAUGUCAAAGUUCUACAAUGGAAAAUCAAAGUCAUUUACAAGUCUUGCAGAGGCAGCUUAUUGUCGAUCUAUUAAAGACAUAGUGAAGCCGGAGGAUGCUUACACUAGAAAACGCAAGAAUUUGCUUGCACAUAGCAUAUUUUGGGAUAAGAAUCCUCAAAAACCAUCAAGAGCUAGUGAUAUUGAAGGUGGAUUAUUUAAGAAACCUGCAUCUAAUACCAGUAGGAGCAAUAUGGGAAUGGCAAUAAGAGAAAUAAUCAGUUCAGAUAGUAAUCAACAGGAACAUUCUUCGGCAUCCCCUGUUCGAUCUAGGCCUCCUCUCCAUCCUCAAAGUAGGAAAUCAUCACCACCGCCACCAGUACUGCCCAAUCGAGAGGAGGAGGUAUCGCCAUUUCCAUUGCCUACAACAACAACUUCGCCUCGAAGUUUCUCUUCGUGGCGUUCUUUCUCCCUGUCUGAUCUGCAGUGUGCAUCUGGCCCGGUUGAAGAAUGAAUGAAUCAAUGGAAGGAAAGGUUUAGGGUUGUUUGUUGAACACCCCUCUUUUGAAAUGGUUUGUUUAUUGAAAUCAUGGCUGCAUGUUGUUGUUGUUGAUGUUGUUCUCACUAUACCGGUUUGAAGGACAUGUAAGAACAGUUUGAAGAAUAUAUAAA